AAAAAGGAAUUAAGAAUCUCUCCAAGUAUUUACAAUCAAUUGCCUCACUGUUCCUUCUAUUAGACCUGUGCAAAUCAUGAAUCACUCGGCAAGGAUUUACCAAUUAACUUUUCCUGCAGAAAUCACUAACCUGGCGCCUCCGUCCAUCUAUAACUGUAAAUCACACGAUUGUUCAUCAUCAGCUUAGUCAUUAUGAUCCCUGUGCGAAUGCAAGUUGUGAUGGUGAGUUUGGAUUUCCAUAAUACUGCGCCAAAACCACAGCCUAAGUUUCUUGUUAGUUAAACACGGAGGGGUAGCCCAAAGUAAUUUCACAUCCCUCUGCUUCACCCCCACCCCAAAACCAAAUGCAGCAUCCUACAAAGCCAAUUGCUUUGCUCUUCUGCACCACGCUUUUAAUUAUAACAUUCUUCCAUCGCACCCCAACCCCAUCUCCUUCUCCCACACCAAACUCCAUGGCUCCUUCCUUUAUUCUUUGGCUUCACGGAUUGGGGGAUUCCGGUCCCGCCAAUGAACCCAUCAAAUCACUCUUCGCUUCUUCCCACUUUUCAUCUACAAAAUGGUCUUUCCCUAAUGCUCCUAAUAACCCCGUUUCCUGCAACUAUGGUGCUGUAAUGCCUUCAUGGUUUGACAUCUAUGAGAUUCCCAUCACAGCUGAUUCUCCAAAAGAUGAAACUGGUAUCCUCAAAGCAGUUCAGAAUGUGCAUGGAAUUAUAGACAAGGAGAUAGCUGCUGGAACAAACCCUGAUAAUGUAUUCGUUUGUGGAUUCAGUCAAGGAGGUGCCUUGACCUUGGCUAGUGUUAUGCUAUACCCCAAAACUCUAGGAGGAGGUGCAGUCUUCAGUGGAUGGGUUCCUUUUAAUUCUUCUAUCAUGGAACAGAUUUCACCUGAUGCAAAAAGGACACCUAUUUUGUGGUCGCAUGGAAUUGCUGACAGAACAGUACUGUUUGAAGCUGGACAAGCAGGUCCCCCAUUCCUUGAAAAAGCUGGGAUAAGCUGCGAGUUUAAGGCGUACCCUGGUCUUGGCCAUUCAAUAAGCAACGGGGAGUUGCAAUAUCUGGAAUCAUGGAUUAAGACUCGUCUGCGAACUUCUUCAUAGAGGUUUAAGUGAACUGGGCUUAGAUAUGAUUAUUGUUGAUGGUAAUUUGGUGAGUUUUGCAUGAAUCUGGCCUGAAUUUCGUCUAUUAAGAAAAACAUUAAGUUGCGAGUUGUAACUGCUACUAUCAUGCCUUUUACCAAACCAAGGAUAUGGUUCCUGGCAUUUAAAGCUCGAAGGACAAAAAUUCUGAAGCUGGGGAGGGGAGGGGAGGGAGAAGGCAUUAAGUCUUAAAAUACAGUCUCUCAUUUAAGCAAGGAGCAGCAGGGAGUUGUGCAAUUGCUGUCCUUUCCCUUAUGCAAGUGGUUUGUCUUCUGUUUUCCUUUAUCUCUGUUUUUGACCUUAAGCAUGGUAGCUAAUUGAGAUAUCUCGUACCUGUGGUAGGCAUUAUGUAAAAGGCUUUGGUUGAAUGAGCUGUUAAAUAAGGAAAUCUUAUAAGGGGUAGAAGAAAGGAAGGAAAAUGAAUGAAAUAAUACUUGUUCCAUUGUUA